AUGAACCCCCUCCCCACAAUUACUAACUCCCUAAUAUAUAUUGUUCCAAUUCUUCUAGCCGUAGCAUUUCUCACUCUUGUUGAACGGAAAAUUAUUGGGUAUAUACAACACCGUAAAGGCCCAAACGUAGUCGGACCCUACGGGCUUCUUCAACCAAUUGCCGACGGAGUAAAACUUUUUAUUAAAGAGCCAGUACGCCCCACUGCCUCCUCAACAACACUAUUUAUUCUAGCCCCAACUCUCGCACUAACUCUCGCACUUUUAAUUUGAACCCCCCUCCCUAUACCAUUUCCUAUGGCCAACGUCAAUUUAACCCUACUCUUUAUCAUAGCUGUCUCCAGCCUCUCCGUUUAUUCAAUUUUAACAUCGGGCUGAGCCUCCAACUCAAAAUACGCCUUGAUCGGGGCCCUUCGAGCAAUCGCACAAACUAUUUCCUACGAAGUAAGUCUUGGCCUUAUCUUAUUAGCAGCAAUCAUUUUUAUAGGCAAUUUUUCUAUAUUAACCUUUUCAACUGGACAAGAAGCAAUCUGACUUAUUAUCCCCGCCUGACCCCUCGCAACAAUAUGGUACGUGUCUACCUUAGCCGAAACAAAUCGUUCACCCUUUGACCUAACUGAGGGGGAGUCAGAAUUAGUCUCAGGCUUUAAUGUAGAAUACGCCGGAGGCCCCUUUGCCUUAUUUUUUCUUGCAGAAUAUGCUAAUAUUAUACUGAUAAACACUAUUUCCGUAAUUAUUUUUUUAGGGGAUUCAUUAAAUUUAUUACUGCCAGAAAUAAUAACUUCUCUCCUAAUGCUUAAAACAACGGCCCUUUCCCUAGUAUUUUUAUGAGUUCGAGCAUCAUACCCCCGAUUUCGCUAUGAUCAAUUAAUACACCUAAUUUGAAAAAAUUUCUUACCCCUGACUCUAUCCCUCAUUAUUUUGCACAUCUCUGCUCCUUUGGCUUUUACAGGACUCCCCCCUCAAUUUU